AUGGCCGUACACGACAGUGACGAAGAGACUGCCUCAGAAGCUUCGUAUGGAAAUGAAAGGAGUGGCCUCAGCAUCAGUCACAGCCAGGGAGAACCAGAUCCAAAGUGUAUCCGACCUUUCCACCAGUUGAUCGCCAAGCCUCUUGUUCAUGAGCAUUUCUUCGUUUUGGUAGCUCAUGCUCUCAGGUUAUCACGUUUAGAUGACCGUACCAGCGACGACUCGAACUCGGACGAUCUAUAUGGUGGAGCACCCCUACGCGAACGCUCAAUACCACCGGAUCUAUGGCCAAGAACACCCUCUCCAGUACCUACUUCCAUCAAUCCUGUAUCACCUGGGCUUUCCGGACAUGAGCGUGAGGACGAGCGGAAUUUGAUGUCAAGUAAGAGGACGAGUGUUCCGAAGGUUGCUCCAACAGAAGUGGCAAACGAUGAAGAGAGCGAUGAGGAAGAAGCCUGUUUGGAAAUUCCCAGUGCGUCAUCAGACACACACCGCUACAGACUACCUACUACCGUGUUAUCUGUCCACAUGCCUGGGCCAUACUCGGAUGAGGUGGAAGGAGAUGUUCCAGCUAUGGAUGCCAAGAUGCUUGACGAGUGGAGGGAGCGUGAGGACAGGCUGUUGACUGUUGAUGACAUGAACAAUGUUGUCUCUGCUCUCAUCAAGUGGGAUGGCUUAAAUUACGAAUCAGCGACAUGGGUUGUGCCUCCCCACUCUGGAGAACCGAGUUACCCUAGCUAUGUCUGUGCAUUCACAAAAUUUGUGGAGUCUCAGUCUGUGCACGUCAGCAAAAUGUCGAUAACACAUGCCGCCAUCUACGAUGCUCGACCAAAGGGUGGGUUCAUGCAAAAAUAUGUCUUUCGGGAUGGCAUGCAACCAGACCUGGGUCAAAGCCCGGAUUUGAAGCUCACAGAACCUGAGAUGGACCAAUUGAACUCCCUAUGUGAUAAGUGGUUUGACCUUCAACCAUGUAUUUUUCCUCAUAAUCGGGUGCCUCAAAAGACUAUCUCCACUUUCAUAGGGCAUAUAGUCAAGACGUGGGGUUCUAGCCCUGUUCUUAUCAUAGCACUGGACUCCGCCAUUGUGCAUUGGCUGGAGACAUUUGCUCAAUGGGCACCUAACCUUCGUGUCAUUCCCUUUGUCGGCAGCCAACAGGGUCUAGAAUUAAUCAAAACAUAUGAAAUACAGCACACAAAGCCUAUUCCUAGCACAACCGGUCUCAAGUUUCAUGUUCUAGUUACCACACAUGACAUUGCAAUUUCAGAGACAUUUACCCCGAUUGCCCAAAAUGUGGCCCGCUGGGAGGUCUUAAUUAUGGAUCAUGUCCCGAAUGACGACAACAUUAUCAAAAGGGUGAAGACACUAAAAGCAUUCCAUUGUGUGACCUUGACAGAAGUCUCGAAUCCAUCACAGCAGCCACCGGAAAGUUCCACCCCCAUCGAUAUGACUAUUGGCAUGCUCCCUCGAAAGCAACCCAAGAUGGGCAGGGAGAAGCGAAGAGUGAAGGAUUCCCGGAAGACUUCCAGUCAGUGCACUACGGAGGAGGACGAGAUUUUGCCAUGGGGUGGAGCCUCGAGUAAAUUGAUAGACAACAAAGAACAGGACGGACGAAGGCGUCGCACGUUGGCCCCUACUUCAUCCGAGUCGUCAGUGUCACCAUCGGCAACCUCAGCCCCUGCAUCGACAUCCCUUGUCCGUCCCUCGAUCAAGACAGUCAUCAAUCCUCCGAGUUCAUCUGAGUCCGAUCAUGUACAGUAUCGGUUGGAUACAUAUACAGGUAUAAAGGCGAAAGAGUACACCCAGGAGGGCUUCUACGAUCCUAACAUGUUUGCAGCAGUGUCAUUUGAUUCUGGUUCUCAAGAGGACGUGUACCAACCCACGGGCACCCUUAUACUCAUAGGCAAAGUUGAUAACCAUACCGCAGCCCAUUCCACACCCAAACCUCUGGCUACCGUCGUUCCCAUAGACCACUACUGCCUCCAACAUUCUCCAACACGCUUCUCAUUUUCGGAGUGCAAGAAUCUCAAGAGGCGAGACUUUUACAUAUCCAUCUUUGGAUACUUUCAAGGCCAGAAGCUCGGUCCACUCUUCGGGGUAUUGAUCAGCCAUCUGUAUAACUUCGAGAAAUCUCACGGUUUUGAGUGUUGGGCGGGCUCGGGCCGGGCUCAAAGCCCUGGGCUUGGGCCGGGUACAGGUAGGCUUGGGCUUCGUAGGAUGGAGGCCCAAGCCCUCGAUUAA